GCUUGACCUACUUUCUUGACAGCUCGUACUCCUAUCAGCGUUAGUUGCAGAAAAACUCCAGUGUGGCGCAUUAAGAAACACUUUGGCAGUAACUUGAACUGACUGAAAAUGCUGUCCUACAUCAUUGGCCUCAUCCGAGGCGGUUUUGACGGCAUCAUCAACAUCAUCUUCAGACUUCUCUUCGGAAAAAGGAGACCUGCCAUCACCUUAGAGGACCCCAACAUCAAGUAUGCACUGCGGCUGAUAGACAAACAGAUUGUCAGCCAUGAUACAAGGAAGUUCCGCUUUGCUCUGCCGUCCCCUGAACACAUCCUUGGUCUCCCUAUUGGGCAGCAUAUCUAUUUGUCUGCAAAGAUAGACGGAAAGCUUGUGGUCCGUCCUUACACGCCGACCUCCAGUGAUGAUGACAAAGGCUGUGUGGAUUUGGUGGUGAAGAUUUACUUCAAAGAUGUCAACCCUAAAUUCCCAGAGGGCGGGAAGAUGAGUCAAUACUUGGAGAGCCUCAAGCUCAAUGACGUAAUUGAUUUCAGAGGACCCAGCGGCCUUCUCGUCUACAAGAGCAGAGGAAAAUUCGCCAUUCAACCAGAUAAGAAAUCUCAAGCUGAGAUCAAGACGGCCAAACAUUUGGGCAUGAUUGCUGGAGGGACGGGGAUUACACCCAUGCUGCAGAUCAUCACAGCUAUAAUGAAGGAUCCACAAGACCAGACAGUGUGUUACCUGUUGUUUGCUAACCAGACGGAGAAAGACAUCCUGCUGCGACCGGAGUUGGAAGAGAUUCAGGCCAAUAAUCCAGAUCGGUUCAAUCUGUGGUUCACCCUGGACAGAGCACCUGACGACUGGGAGUACAGUCAAGGCUUCAUCAAUGAAGACAUGAUUAGGGAUCACCUACCACCUCCCAGUGACGACAGCCUCAUCCUCAUGUGCGGACCUCCACCAAUGAUCCAGUUCGCCUGCAACCCUAAUCUUGACAAAGUCGGCCACUCCAACAGCCGCAGGUUCACCUUCUAGACGUCUGUCCUCGCCAGGUGUGACUAUCAAAGGGUGUCCAGUUAUUAUUAUCUCUGCCCUGAAAGCUUUAACGCACUCGUACAGUACAGUUACAGUGGGUAUUGCACUAUGUAUACUAUAUUUAUGCCAUGGUAUUCAUCAUGCAACAGAAUCACAGCUUGGACCAAUUCAUGUGAUCAGUAAGAGUAAUGAAAGUGAGGGAAAUGGUGAAAGACUUGAGUGUGUUUGAGACUGAAGAUGAGGAUGUAGGGAUGGAUUGUUCAGACGUAAGUUCUCAGAUUGUUUUUGUCGUAAAUUUAGACGUGAUUCUGUAUCUGUUGCAAAAAAUCCUGCUGAGGCCUCCUCCUGGUGGUUUCAACAUACCAGAAAGUUGAGGCUUACUGGCUUUUUUUGAGUGCCUUAACACUUUGCAAGUUAUUCUUAUGCACCGUUGGGAGAAUUGCGAGCACUUGCUUCGUUUAUACAAAAUUGUGUAAUUAUAAUUAUUCCAUCGCAGAUGUUGAGAAUGUUUUACUUGCUGUUUGUCAAGCAGUGUCCAAAAUGUGUCACGUCAAAGAUGUCAUUAGCUAAAACAUGUUCUCAGUCGGUUAUUGAACGUGAUGUGGAUACCGAUGCGAUGUCUUUGUCAGUGUGGCAACAGUGGCUACUUGUGUUUUGGAUAUGCAACAUAAAAGUCAAUUGCUAAUGAAUUAUUAAUGCUUCAAGUCUUUAAUUCUGUAUUAUGAUGAAGCUAAAGGAAUCUAUAAGUAUUUGAUCAUAACGGUGUUAAAGUGUUUAUCUUGCCUGUUUUAAAGGGAACUUUGAAUGAAAUGAAAGACAUUUUUUCCAUCAGAAAAUGCUUUUCUCUUAUUUUUAUUACCAAAAAAAUUUAAAAACAACAGAAUAAAACCAGAA